AUGUCCAUUUUCCAUUUGGAAUCGUUGAAUGACAAAGUGCACAGAAGAGACGACCACAGGACUGAAGCACGAGAUGUUAGCGAUAAGAUCCACAAAGUGUCAAACGUUUUGUCCUUGGAUGAGUGCGCGUUGUCAAGCCACUUUGCAGACUACCACCCUGUAGCUCAGCACAAGUUUGAAUCCGCUGCAGACAUGGAACCAGUGAUGGCCUGGAAAGCAGCUUUGGAUACAGUUCUGGAGGACAAGCGAAAUCUCCAGCACCACCCCCAAGAGGAACUCAGGCAGGCUCUGAGUAGAGCUAUUGGCUGGGGCUGCUCCAGUUCGGGUGUGGAGCAAAACUUUGCAGGUGUCCGAACAUUGACAAAAAGCAAAGGAAACAUGACCGAAGUGAACCUGAGGGAUGAAAUUUUCCUCUUGACCACACAAAAUUGGACCGAAACUCAAGACCAGGAGUUGGCAAAGGCUGCUGCGGUGAUUUGGUCUCAACUUUUUGGGACAGUGAAAGCCGCAAGUUCCAAAGACUCAGUCUUAAGAUCUGUGGCAGCGCAGCGUGGGUGGAAGAAAAGGGCCAGAGAAGGCACAUGGCAAGCUUUUCGGAGGCAACGUGCUGCUGCAGUGGCGCAGGAAGUGAAAAAAUGCGGAGAUGACCCGACACCAGGAUUUUUGGUCCACGAAAACGAGCAUUGGACACAAGAACAUGAGAAAGAAACGCAGUUUAAAAAAAAGACGUAA